CUGGUCCCUUGAGAGGCAGAUAUUGGCCAGAAUGGAGGAGCACACAGAGGCAGGCUUGCCACCAGAGCUGGGGGAGCAGAGGGCCUUAAUUGACAACCCUGCUGACAUCCUGGUCAUUGCUGCUUAUUUCCUGCUGGUCAUUGGUGUUGGCUUGUGGUCCAUGUGCAGAACCAACAGAGGCACCGUGGGCGGCUACUUCCUGGCAGGACGAAGCAUGGUGUGGUGGCCGGUUGGGGCAUCUCUCUUCGCCAGCAACAUCGGCAGUGGCCACUUUGUGGGCCUUGCAGGGACAGGUGCUGCAAGCGGCUUGGCUGUGGCUGGAUUUGAAUGGAACGCGCUGUUUGUGGUGCUGCUGCUCGGCUGGCUCUUUGCGCCGGUGUAUCUGACCGCUGGAGUCAUUACGAUGCCGCAGUACCUACGCAAGCGCUUCGGUGGCCACCGUAUUCGGCUCUACCUGUCCAUGCUAUCGCUUUUUCUGUACAUCUUCACCAAGAUUUCGGUGGACAUGUUCUCCGGGGCAGUAUUCAUUCAACAGGCUCUGGGCUGGAACAUCUAUGCCUCCGUCAUUGCGCUCCUGAGCAUCACCAUGGUCUACACUGUGACAGGAGGGUUGGCAGCGCUGAUGUACACCGAUACCGUGCAGACGUUCGUUAUUCUCGGGGGGGCCUUCAUCCUCAUGGGUUACGCUUUCCACGAGGUGGGCGGGUAUUCGGGGCUUUUCGACAAAUACUUGGGGGCAAUGACGUCGCUGACGGUGUCCGAGGAUCCGGCGGUGGGCAACAUCUCCAGCUCCUGCUACCAACCUCGGCCCGACUCCUACCAUCUGCUCCGGGACCCUGUCACGGGGGACCUACCGUGGCCCGCUCUGCUCCUGGGACUUACCAUCGUCUCUGGCUGGUACUGGUGCAGUGACCAGGUCAUCGUGCAGCGCUGCCUGGCGGGGAAGAACUUGACCCACAUCAAGGCAGGUUGCAUCCUGUGCGGCUACUUGAAGCUGAUGCCCAUGUUCCUCAUGGUCAUGCCGGGCAUGAUCAGCCGCAUCCUUUACCCAGACGAAGUGGCAUGUGUGGUGCCUGAGGUGUGUAAGCGCGUGUGCGGCACUGAGGUGGGCUGCUCCAACAUCGCCUACCCACGGCUCGUCGUGAAGCUCAUGCCCAAUGGUCUGCGUGGACUCAUGUUGGCGGUCAUGCUGGCUGCGCUGAUGUCCUCGCUGGCCUCAAUCUUUAACAGCAGCAGCACACUUUUCACCAUGGAUAUCUACACGCGCCUGCGGCCUCGUGCAGGGGACCGCGAGUUGCUGUUAGUAGGACGGCUCUGGGUGGUGUUCAUCGUGGCAGUGUCGGUGGCCUGGCUGCCUGUGGUGCAGGCAGCACAGGGCGGGCAGCUCUUCGACUAUAUGCAGUCAGUCUCCAGCUACCUGGCGCCACCUGUGUCCGCGGUCUUCGUGCUGGCGCUCUUUGUACCCCGCGUCAAUGAGAAAGGUGCCUUCUGGGGGCUGAUUGGGGGCCUGCUGAUGGGUCUGGCGCGCCUUAUUCCGGAGUUUUCCUUUGGCUCUGGCAGCUGCGUUCAACCCUCCCUGUGCCCAGCUCUCCUCUGUGGGGUGCAUUACCUCUACUUUGCCAUCGUGCUCUUUGUCUGCUCUGGCCUCCUCACUCUUGUAGUCUCACUGUGCACAGCACCCAUCCCGCGCAAGCACCUCCACCGUCUGGUUUUCAGUCUCCGGCACAGCAAGGAGGAGCGGGAGGACCUGGAUGCCGAUGAGGCAGAAGGUCCAGCCUCAACCCCUGUACAGAAUGGGCAUGCUGAGCAUGCAGUAGAGAUGGAGGAGUCCCAAUCCCCAGCACCAGGCCUGUUUCGCCAAUGCUUGCUCUGGUUCUGCGGAAUGAGCAGGGGUGGGCCAGGUAGUUCCCCACCCCCGACGCAGGAGGAGGUGGCUGCAGCAACCAGGCAGCUGGAGGACAUCAGUGAGGACCCAAGAUGGGCUCGUGUGGUCAACUUCAAUGCCCUGCUCAUGAUGGCCGUGGCCAUGUUCCUCUGGGGCUUUUAUGCCUGAGGCCAACUGUGUUGGGACACCAUGAUCAUGGCCAGGGCAGGAGGGAAGGAGGAAGGCCACAGUUCCCCUUCUAAUUUGUCUUUGCCUGGAGCCCAAUCCAUCUGAUUGGCAGUUAUGUACUGAGGCCUUGCCAACCAGCCACAGCUGGUCCCCAUGCAAAAAUAAAACUGCCUUUUUCCCAUGC